AUGUCAUUGGUCAUACAGCAAAAGGUGAUUUCUUUGACAAAGCCUAUAAGAGAAGAAGCCGUAACCAGCCUUUAUCGUAGCACAUUCCCAAGAAGCCUUGCAAUUGCAGACAUGGGUUGUUCUUCAGGACCAAAAACUUUGUUCGUGGUUUCAGAAACUAUCAAGGUUGUGGAAAUGCUUUGCCAAGAGCUGAACCUGAAAUCUCCGGAAUACAAGGUGUUUUUGAAUGAUCUUCCUGGAAAUGAUUUCAACAACAUCUUUAAGUCCCUUGACAACUUCAAAGAGAAACUAAGUGAUGAAGUGAAAUCUAGGAUAAUUGGUCCAUGCUACUUCUAUGGGGUUCCUGGUUCUUUCUAUGGCAGGGUUUUUCCUAAUCAAAGUCUGCAUUUUGUCCAUUCCUCUUACAGCCUUCAUUGGCUAUCUAAGGUUCCUGAGGCAGUAGACAACAAUAAGGGCAAUAUUUACAUAUCCAGCACAAGCCCCUCAAAUGUUGUCAAGGCUUACUACAAGCAGUUCCAAGGAGAUUUCUCUGUUUUUCUCAAGUGCCGUGCCGAGGAACUAGUUGAAGGGGGUCAUAUGGUCCUAACAUUCGUGGGAAGAAGGAGUGACAAUCCAUGUAGCAAAGAGUGUUGCUACAUUUGGGAACUAUUGGCUACAACUCUUAAUGAUUUGGUCAUGCAGGUAGAUCCCAAAUAAUUGGAACAAAUUUA